UAUAUAUAUAGUCAUCCUCCGUUGCUUUAGCUGUGCAAUCUGCAACCACAUACUUGAUACUUGUGUUGUGAAAUUCACUUAACUUAAUACUCCGGCCAAUGCAUUACGUUUUCUGUUGAAGGCUUGAAGCACUCGUCAGACUCAACCAUCAAAAUCCUGCUGCUUUUGCCUGGGUGUCUAAGACACAGAAAGUUACAGAGUCCAAUUUACAACGCCUUUCUUACUGUUAAACAAAGAUGCCUCCUAAAAGAAGAGGAGAGAUAGAGGUGACUACAGAGGAGAGAGUGAAUUCAUCGCCUCCAACUUGUUUUCAAUCUUCUUCUCCCUCGAGUUGCGAACCUGCUCUUGGACCUCAGAUCAAUCUAACAAGACAGAAAUCAUAUUCCUUUGAGGAGUCAAGCUUUCAUCAGCUGCAGCCUAUAUGUAAUUCUAACUCCAGCAAUCAACUCUCUGCACUGCCUUUCUCUCAUAGAAUAAAUCUUAGCGCUUCAAUUCCAGGACCCAGUACUGAAGCCAUGCCAAUGGAAGAAGACAUUUGUCUGGAUGCUGCGGGAUUAAGUACUCAAACACCUAGUGGAUCACAAAUUGAAUGUGCAACACCCAAUAGAGAAUUGCCAUAUCUAAUUCUUUGUGACGCGGAAAGAAGAAAGGAAUACCUCUCCCUAUGCGUACCUUUGUAUCAAGCUGCAAUCAAAGGAGACUGGAAAGUUGCUAAAGAUGUCAUUGACAAAUAUCCAGGUAUUGUUCGUGUUGCAAUAACCAGAAAGUGGGAGACAGCUCUGCAUAUUGCUGCUGCAGCAAAACGCACUGCUUUUGUGAAGGAACUGGUUGAACGUAUGAACGAUGUGGAUCUAGCCUUGAAAAAUAAAGAUGGCAACACUGCUAUUUGUUUUGCUGCCGCAUCAGGAAUUGUGGAAAUUGCUAUGAUCAUGGUGGAAAAAAACAAAAACCUUCCUAUGAUUCAAGGUAAUAAAGGAAUGAGACCCAUAUACAUGGCAGCUUUGUUUGGACACAGGAAUAUGGUGUCAUACCUCUAUCCUGUUACUAAUUUUGGAAGCCUAGCUCGCGAGGAACAAAUUAGCCUCUUUCUUGGUACUAUUUCAGCUGAUUUAUACGAUCUAGCUUUAAAAAUAUUGGAAGAGGACAGAUCAUUAGCCUAUGCUCAAGAUACAAAUGGUGAGACUGCCUUGCAUGUUUUGGCUCGAAAGCCUUCAACAAUUGCGAACAAAAGUGAUCUGGGAAUCUGGAAAAGAACCAUAAAUUCAUGUUUCGAAUGGAUAUAUCACAAAGAUCUGAUGCAGACGUUAGCCCAUCAACUAGUCGAAAAACUUUGGGAACAUGUUCUACAAUUGCAAGAUUGGGAGAUUUCAAAACUAAUUAAAACACCUUCAAAACUACUCUUUGAUGCGGCAGAAUUAGGCAAUGUAGAGUUUCUGAUUAUCCUUAUUCGCGCAUAUCCUGAUCUGAUAUGGAAAGUUGAUCAAAAUAAUCGAAGUUUGUUUCAUACUGCGGUUCUUUAUCGUCAGGAGGCCAUCUUUAAUCUAAUAUAUGAGGUUGGAGCAAUUAAAGAUUUGAUAGCAGCAUAUAAGGAUAAAAAUAAUAAUGAUAACAAUAAUAUCCUGCAUCUAGCUGGAAACUUGGCACCACUUAGUCGACGUCAAAUUGUAUCAGGAGCUGCACUUCAAAUGCAAAGAGAGCUAUUGUGGUUUCAGGCAGUGGAGAAAAUUGUGCCACCUUCAUAUAUUAAGAUGAAGAAUUCAAAAAACCAGACACCCAAGGAGCUAUUUUCUGAGGAGCACAGGAAGUUGUUAAAAGAAGGAGAGAAGUGGAUGAAGAGCACUGCAACUUCAUGCAUGCUUGUUGCAACGCUCAUUGCCACUGUGGUAUUUGCUGCAGUUAUUACAGUACCAGGAGGAGAAAAUAAUAAUACAGGCGUUCCUAUAUUUCUAAGAGAGAAGUGGUUUUUGAUUUUUGUCAUAUCGGAUGCAAUAGCACUGUUCUCUUCCUCAGCUUCAAUAAUAAUGUUCUUGUCCAUUCUUACGUCACGUUAUGCAGAAAACGAUUUUCUUAUAUCACUACCCACAAGGUUGAUGUUUGGAAUCUCGACCCUGUUUAUCUCUAUUGCUACAAUGGUGCUAGCCUAUACUGGAGCCAUCUUUCUGAUCCAUGAUCAUAAAUAUGUUUGGGUUCCUAUCCUUAUUGUGUUUCUUGCUUGUGCUACAGUCUCAUUAUUUGCUUGGCAACAUUUUCAUCUUUGGGCUGAUACAAUCCGCUCAACCUAUUGGUCUAGGUUUCUCUUUCGGCCAUUUAAACAUAGGCUUUACAAUUGAAUUGUCAAAUUUGCCGAUGUACUUAUGGAGAUAGUGAAUAAAAAUCCUUUAUCUCA